AUGGCUCAACAAAUUAGUGAAUCUACAGAUUUAACGAAGGACCUUCCAAAUUUAUGUAGGGAGCUUUAUCCUCCUAUAGAGCCGUAUAGUUCCGGAUUCUUGAAGGUCUCAGAACUUCAUACCAUAUACUGGGAACAGUCGGGAAAUCCUAAUGGAUACGUGAGUGGAUCGAUAUUCCUAUGUCUUCAGUUAUCAAUUGGUCUUUUCUCUCUCAUGUUAUCCUUAUUACAUCUUCUGCCUUUAUGUCAUUUUACGUGACAUCAGGAGUACCAUAGUUAGUGAGAGUUGGAAGUGGAAAGAGUCGCAUUUACUAUUCUUAUUAAGUUAUCAAGGUUGGGAUAUCAGUUUAGACUGAAAAAAUUUCAACUACUUUCAUUUCCCUAAAUAGUUCUAUCCUUCAUAUUUCGAUCAUUCUACUGACACACAGACAUGAAAAUCAGAUACAAUAUAUGAGGAGUUUAUUUGUCCUCGAGAGUCAUUCUUAAAUGAAAGACUUUUAUUUUCCAUACUCUUCCAUCAGUCUGAUACUACAUAUGAUCGUCAUUAAGAUAUUUUUACAGGUUUGAAAGUGAGAGGUCAUCUUUGUUGCCAUUCAGCAAGUUCAUUUCGAGGCUAUUAUUGAUUUUAAUUCUCAACUUCUUUAUCCUCAUCCUCACAGCAAUGAAACAACACUAAGAGAGGCAAUAUUUGUUAAAUCAUUGGUUUUAAUCAUUUUUUAUAAUAUUUAUCCACAAUUUGCUUUUGGAUACCUUCUAUUUUGUCCACCAUGUAUGUUUAGGUGUGCAUGGUUAGAUUAUUAAUGCCUUCAGCUAUCAUCUAGCACUAAGGUAUGAAUAUAUGCAGCACAGAUAAGACACUUAGUUCACUCGAGGUUAGUAAGUCGUCAGAUAACCGCAAAGUCAGUUGAUGGUCUGUGGAAUAUGUUUUUUCUUAGAGUUUUCCACAUUAUAGUUUUUCGUCUUUGCCAGCCAGUUGAUGGUCUGUGGAAUUUGCUUUUUCUUAGAGUUUUCCACAUUAUAGUUUUUUCGUCUUUGCCAGCCAGUUGUCUUUAUCCAUGGUGGUCCAGGAGCUGGAACAUCACCCAAAAAUAGACAGUUCUUUGACCCUGAGUUCUAUCGGAUCAUCCUCUUUGAUCAGGUACAUGAUUGAUACUUUUUUUAUGAUGGUGCUAAAAUGAAUUUUCUUUGUGGCAUACUGCUUAAUAGAAUCCACUACUGAAGUACAUUUUUUCACCAGAGAGGUUCAGGUAAGAGUACUCCUCAUGCUUGCUUAGAAGAAAACACAACCUGGGAUUUAGUUGAGGACAUCGAAAAGCUGAGAAAGUAUUUGGAAAUUCCUGAAUGGCAGGUCAGAAUUAUCAUAACUUCUUCCAUGACUUUUCUAGGGCCUUGGUAUUCAGGUCUUCAUUUCUGAAAAAUAUUGCAGGUUUUUGGUGGUUCGUGGGGUAGCACAUUGGGUAUCACAUAUAGUCAAGCACAUCCUGAUAAGGUAACCUUUUCUUAAACAGUAUUUUUGGAUUGAUGUUCUUGCCUUCAAUAUUUGAAUGACUUCGUCAUGUUUGCUUAAUACUGUAUUAAGGUGACUGGUCUCGUUUUGAGGGGCAUUUUCCUGCUGAGAAAGAAAGAACUUGACUGGUUUUAUGAGGGCGGUGCAGCGGCUAUAUAUCCAGAUGGUAUAUUUAUGAAUCCUCGAGUUUGUCAACUCCUUUAUGUCAGUAGAAAUGUUAAAUUUACUCUGAUCCCGGAGGAGCUUUUUGUUGGUGGGGAAAUGCUCUGCUUACAUUGUUGGCUCUCAAACAUUUUCAGGGAAUUUUAGUGUUAUGUUUUUUGAGUCCUGAGUAAAUAGUCUUGAUUAGAGAUUUUUCUGGUUUUUAUUGUUUACAACAAUCAAAAGGUUGCGGUGAUAUUUCAUAAUUGCACGUACUUUUCCAUUUACUCAUCAGUUCAGCUGUCAAACGUUAAGAAAAUCAUAUCCUAACCAUCCUCUGUAAAUGACUUUGUCAGCUUGGGAGUCUUUUAAGAAUUUUAUUCCUGAGAACGAAAGGGGCAGUUUCAUCGUGGCAUAUAACCAGAGGUUGAAGUCCGAAGAUCCUCAGAUACAGGCAUGUAUCUCAGAAGGUUCAUUGAUAUGCUUCUGUUAUUAUAAGUCGAAUUGAUUCCCACAUCAUUAACUUUUAGGGACGAAUUAGUUGAUAUGACUUGUCAGUUCUAUUCUUUAAACUCAGACCUUUUCUCAGAAUGAUUGGACAGUACUAAGUACUGGUAUCCAGACUAGUUUUAAAUGGUUACCGUUCGUGCAAGACAAUACUUUUGACCUUAUUUUUAUCACCCUCAUAUAUUCUCUCUUAUCAGUUCAACUCAUCGUGUGUGAAAUUGUUAGAUAGUCAUAUGUUUGGGAUUAGUUUUCCAUAUAACUUCUAGAAAUUUGUGACUGAAAUAAGCAGCAAGAUUCAUUAAUUCGCAUCAAUAAAUUUAUCGUAAGCUAAAUUGCCGGGAACUAAGAAUAAAUAGAACAAAUUUUACAUAACAUCAAGAGGUCGCAAUUAAGAUACAGCUGGAGAAAAUAGUUUUUUUCAGUGAUUUCUUUAAGGCGUUGAUUCAUAUUAGUUCAAUAAUUGUUCUUAGCCAAGCCUAGGAUGAAAUAGAUAAUAAUGAAAUUCAAAAUCUGAAUAGAAGAGAUAGGUUCCAAAUACUGAAGGGCUGUUAAUGGACAUUACAUUUUACUCUGAGAGUUUGAAGUCUGAGUUUGACCUGCAGUAAUUGGAAAAGAAGUGGCAGUGUGUAAUGACAGGUGGAGAUGAGUGAACGGAGAAUUGAUUUUUUUUUUUAAUUAUGGUUUUGGUCAGCCUUGUACGUUUGAAACGCAAGCAUUUGUCUAAACGUCUUUUGACCGGAAAUACCAAAAUGUUUAUAGAGGAGCUUUUCCUGAAUGGAAAAGCUACCUAUAAGUGGAACCUAGCUCAAACAUACUUGUACGCUGUUAUCUAUAAAUGAUGAUACGAAUAUCAUUUCAAGUAGUGGAAAAAGAUCUAUCUUCAUGCUCCGCAUGAGCCUAGGAUUGAGAAUUACCUGAUUAUUGACCGUGUUUAUGUCACUUGAUCCAUGAAUAAUAUAAAUGUGCGCAACUUUUUUGGUGACUGUGCACCUGGAGCUAAAAUGUUCCCCUGGGGAAGGGUGGGGAUCAGUGAAUUAUUCUACUUUUACUGUAUUCUCUUUCUAUGGAAUUUAGACUUUUAAACCUUCAUAAUAAUAUAAAAAAUUAGUUUGAUAUCAUUUAACAUGUAAAUCAUCAGUUCCUCAUUUUACUCGCGGGGACUUUUAUAUGUGGACACUGUUGUAAAUAAAUUCAUUAUUGCAUAACUGAGUAUAUCAGCACAUUGAGGGUAGUUUUUUUUCUUUCUUACUGCACUAUCUUUUGUUUUUGGAGAAAUUCAUCGACAGCUACCUACAUAUCCUUCUCCCAACAGUAUUUCCACAUUUUUCGGGGUCCGGAAACUAAGGGAUUGAAUUUAUAUUUCAAGAUAAGACUGUAGUACCUUCAUCCUUCUUUUCAUGGGUGAAGAUGGAGUAGAAUAGGACUUUGAUCAUCUUAUGCCUGUACCCUAAUUUUAUCUCAUAAAUGUUUCUGUUGCUGUUGUCUGGGAUCUCUUAUCCUUGUUUAUGAUACGACAAUGCGGAAUGACCUGAUCUCUAUAUGCCGAUAAAUCAUGAGAUGUUUACACACAUACACUGAAGUGUGCCUUUUGCUCUUUCCCAUGCUCAGUACAUGGCUGCCAAGUUCUGGACUACCUGGGAGCUGAUGACCACACAUCUUGUUCAAAAUGAAGAUCACAUCAAAAGAGGGGAUGAUGAUUCCUUUUCAUUAGUAAGCCUUUCCCUUCUUUGUCAGUUACAAUGGCUUGAAAAUUUGAUGUAGCAGCAUGCUUUCAGGUGGUUUCAACUUCAAGACUACAAAUUCCUUUUGAACUGCAAGCUAUCUUCAGCGCGCAAAUCUAAGAAUCUAGGAAAUUUCCAAGGCAGUUAAACAAUAGGAGUUAAAGAAAUAACAAGAGAACAAUAUCAAGGUGUUGAAGGUGUGAAAAACAGUUGUCUGGUACUUCUUGGUUGACAAGGCGAGGCACCUGGGCAUAGCCUAGCCUUUCGAGGAUUCUAGUGAGAAAUAUGUUACAUAAUUAUCUAGCUCAUGUGCCGGUUCAGUUAUUUCAAGCUUAGUAGUAUCUAAUGGCAUUCGUUACUUAGAUUUUGGGAUUCGUUACACACGAGCACACACGUAUCACUGCCUCUGAGCUCAGAGGUUUCUUUUCAAUCACGACGGGAAAUGAUAAGAAGAUUGUUAUUGGGAACCACAUCCAGCCAGGUUUCUAUUUGGUUAUCGCAUUAGAUCGUAUGGGUAUAAGCUGUCUGAUUGAAGAGGUUCCAUUUUUCUUAUUACCAAACUUUCCUUUCCUUGAGGAAGCAAUAUCUGCUUGAAGAAGACACAGGGCUUGCUAUUUCAUCAUGCCUGUAUUCCACGACUUCUUGAGUGAAGAAUUUUUUGGAUAUUUUUUUAAAAAAAUUACAGAAUUAUUGGGAUUCCUGGUAUAAUGUGAUGCCAUCAAGCUUGGAUGGUACUUACGACUUUGCAUAGAAAAUGAAUUAAAUAAGCAGAAUAUCACUCUUUUUUUUUCUGGCAGCAAUAUGUUACUUAUGCUCUGCGUUUUGUUUAUGGAGCAGGCAUUUGCUCGAAUUGAGAACCAUUACUUUAUAAACAAAGGCUUUUUCCCUACGGAUUCUUACCUGUUGGAUAAUGUUGGUAAGAUACGGCAUAUAAGGGCCGUGAUUGUACAGGUACGAUUAUUUCCUUAUUAUAUUCAAUUGUAUGCCGAUAAUUAUUUUCACCUUUUGGAAAAGCUCAUGGUAAUCUCUCGGCUGCAACUCAUAUGGGACAAUCACAAUUUCAACAGGGAAGGUACGAUAUCUGCUGUCCAAUGAUGACAGCAUGGGAUCUUCACAAAGCAUGGCCGGAAGCAGAAUUUAAGGUAAAAUAAAGAGGGAAAAAUGAUAUGUUUAUUUAUUGUAGCGGCUGCAUUCUAGUGCCAUCGUCUAGCAUACAUGCCAUUUAAUAUGCCUUUUCGCCAACUUUUUGUUGUUGCUGUACUUGCUAUUGUCAUGUCUAGCAGGGAUUAACUGGCCUAAACCCUAGUUGGAGCCUUGACCCGGCUUGGACUGGGUAGGGAUGGAUCUAUUUGUAUUUAAGGGAUUGAUUAGGAGGCUUUGAAUGCGUCCUGAACAGGGAAACUGAAGAACGGCUCAACAAUUUUUUGGUGAUAUUUGGCAUAACUAGGUCAUAAUAGUCGAUUUUUAGAAAAUAGAUUUUCAUUAAUUAGAAUACCGAAGUUGAUUCUAAGACUUAGUUUUAUCAAAAAUAUCUUCUUUUUGCUUGGAACUGAAAGGUAAUGAUCAUUCUUGUCCAUUCAUCAAAGUAUCAACCUCUUUUAUCUUCAGAAUGUGAGCACCUUGUUUCAAAAGCUAAAUUAUCCCUGAUUUUGGAGAAAAUUUGUCCACUCUCUCUCUCUCUCUCUCUCUCUCUCUCUCUCUCUCUCUCUCUCUCUCGAUUUCCUCGUUUAGACUAUGGAGGCAAUUAAUAGUAUUUUCUUCCUUCAAUAAGGUAAUGUGUUCUUUAACCAAGAGAAUUCAAUCAAGGCGCUCACUAAUUUGCGAUGAAUAUGGAACAGGUGGUUGAGGAUGCCGGGCACUCUGCCAAUGAGCCCGGAAUCACUUCUGAGCUGGUGGCGGCAAACGAAACAUUCAAGCAUCUCCUCAAGCAAAGCGGUGCCUUGCCCAGUUAA